AUGGGAUUCUGGGACGGGAUUGCAACGAUCGUUGUUUCACUCUACCUGCUCAUCGCCGUUCUCGGAAGUUUGCGCUAUCUAAUAAAUUGCCUGUGGACCUUCACACAUCCUACCUGGGAAGACUGUCCCUUUUGGCCCCGAGAUGUAUUCGCAAAUUUCUACAGCAUAUGCUUGGCCCUAUUCUCCGUCCAGCUUCAACCGCAACCCUCCAUCACUAAUGGUUACGUACGAGCUAGCCCGAGGACAGGGAACACCACACCAACGAUUCUGGGGCUUGACUGCGAAAUGGUGGGCAUCGGCGAGGAUGGAAAGAGGCAUGCGUUGGCUCGUGUGUCACUGGUUGACUUCAGCGGAAGGGUUGUCUAUGACUCCUACGUCAAGAGCACAGUGCCGGUGACCGAUUAUCGGACGUUCGUCUCUGGCAUUGAGGCUCAACAUUUGGAGCGAGCUCCCAGCUUCUCAAAAGUUCGCGCCGCCGUGGAGCAACUGAUCUCUGGUGCUACAUUAGUUGGACAUGGCCUUGACAAUGAUUUGAAGAUCCUCCGACUUGAACAUCCUGUUCAACACUGCAGGGAUACCGCAUAUUAUUGGCAAUUCCGUGAACUGUUGAAAAUCUCACGCUGUCCCCCGUUGAAGCAGUUGGUCGAGACGGUGCUCGGUGACAAGCAAUUCCAAAAUGGUGCUCACGAUCCGGUCGAGGACGCCUACGCCCCGCUGCGCAUCUACAAGAAGUACCGGGAGGACUGGGACCGCGAUGUCUGCCGUCAGGAGUGGAGC